AUGACAAUUAUGAUGGAUGAUUUGAAGCAACUCAUGAAUAAGUAUGGAGUAAUUCCAAAGGAAGCCAUAAUUGACCUUUCUGUGUGUCUCAACGAGCACCCUCGAGGAGAAUGGAUCAAAAAUAAUGGAAUCGUGAUUGGUUCUGAUUUUGAGCACCCAGAUGAAUACUAUCCUUCAUAUGAAAUUGUAAUUUCCUAUUGGUGCUCAUUUUACCUGGAAGUCUUGACAAAGGUGAAGAAAUGGCACGUUAUUGAUGAUAUUCAGCUGAUUUCCGCACAUUAUGUUCUUGAAAAAGUCAAACCUUACAUGGAUUUGAAAUCAAUUUCCUUGGACUUUGAAGAGUAUCAAAGACAUUUAAAUGAUGAGGCGAAAGCAAAAAUUUUUACUACUCUUCCAGAUUCAGUCCUCAAUCUUCUGAUCUCACUGUCGAAUACCACCAUGAAUUUCAGUCUUCUCAAUUAUCCACUGUUAAAAAAAUUGAAAUGUCCAAUUACCUACGGAAAUGAUAUUUAUCAACUACCAACCACACUUGAAUCUUUGGAGGUCUACAGUAUAAAGGGCUAUGAUGAUUGUAUUACUUUUGAAGAGUCUGAUAAAAUGUUCUCCAAUUUGACACAUUUUAUAGUAGUUGGUAAUGGUGAAUUUGAAGACGCAGGAAAUGCAAUUAGGCUGAUGCCAAAAUUAUCAAUAUUUGAGUAUGAAAAUUGGAACAAUGGCUGUGAUAUCAACGAGUUGGGUUUACCAGAAUCAACCAUCACCUCACUUACCUUGAAACUUGCAGUAAUUACUGGUUUUUAUUCUCAUUUGAAGUUGUCGAAUUUACAACACUUAACAAUUGGUGGUGAAGAUUUCCCAAAGGCAUUAUUCUUUUCAGGAAACGAGCUUCCAAGAUUAAAGAGUUUUGCAUUUGAAGAAUAUUCACUGCGUGGUCGCAUUGAAAACUCAGGCAAACUUGUGUUUCCACAAACCUUGAGAAGCUUGUCAAUUGAGGCUCACUUUGGAAUUCUGGGUUUGAUAUUGCCACCGAAGUUACGUUCAUUGUCCUUGAUUUACACCAAGUUUAGACAAGGAAUGAUGUUCAAGCUUCCUGAAAAUUUGAAUAAAUUAAAAAUUUGCGGGACAGAUAUAAACAAUUUAAACAAUCUUCACUUUCCAUCGGGGUUAAUGAGCGUUGAAAUUGAUUACAAUUAUAAGUUGAAAUCUAUGGUGCACACCAAUUUGGGUGAACUCAAAAAUUUAUUCUAUGUGAGAAUUAAUAACAACGAUCUAUAUGACAUAGAUGAGCCAAACAAGGAAAAUAAGUAUAAGCUUAAUACUUUAGAUAGUAAUUAUUCUGACGGAGAGUCAUUUUAUCAAAAGUAUGCUGAUUUGACAGGUGAUCCAAAUUGGCUCGCAAGAGAAUACAUGGAUGAUGAGGAAAUUCAGGAAUAUGGUAUUGAUUCUGAUUAUGACUGGUUUUAA